CGUUAGCCGUUCAGCUAGUAUUUGGUUUAUUUUUCCAAAACGACCGACUCGAUCUCAUUUCAAUCCAAAAUACUUACUAUCAGUAAGUCACAGCAGCAGAAAACCUCUAAACCGCGGCCAAAUCCUCAUGGGUUUCUCAGAAAUGGCUGAAUUUUCGCGGAACUUCGGUGUCUUGGUCAGAGUUCAAGGCCCUGACCCUAAAGGUUUAAAGAUGCGAAACCACGCUUUCCAUCAAUUCAAUUCCGGAAAAACGACACUUUCAGCUUCUGGGAUGUUACUGCCUAAUAACAUCUACCAUGUUGACGUGGCCGAACGUAAUUGGGGUGUCCGUGGAUUGGUCGUGACUGCUGCUUCUGUUGUUGAGCCUUUUUUGACUAUGCAACAGAGAGAGCAGAAUGUUUUUGAGGGCCGUCCAGAGUUGAUUUUGGGUGCUCAGGUUGAUGUUAUGCUGGAGGGCACAUUGGGGUUGGAGAUAGAACAUGAGGGUCUGCAUAAAGGAGUUACCGGAUGGGUUAGUGCACAAGUUAUAAUGUUGGUUGACAUUCCUGUAUCUUCCCUUGCUCUUCGAUCACUUAUUGAAGCUUCUUCAGGCUCACCGGAGCACCGAUGGGAGAUUGGUUGGUCCCUAGCUUCACACGAUAAUGGUUCUCAGCCCUUGAUGGAUGUUAUUAUAACUCAGACUUUUCAGGUUGAGCAUGAUAGCAAACCAUUAGAUGAAAGUCUUAGGCAUCUGCCACUUGAGGAAUCAAGUGAUCAAAGUCUUUUGGGCAAGUCAACUACAAGAAUUGCUAUCCUUGGAGUUUCCUCAUAUUUGAAGGAUCUACCAAACAUUGCCAUAUUGCCCUCAAGUAAAAGGGGGAAUUUCCUUCUAGCCGUGGGCUCUCCAUUUGGUGUCCUCUCACCCAUGCAUUUCUUUAAUAGCAUAUCCAUGGGAACUGUUGCCAACUGCUAUCCUCCUGGAUCAUCCAUGCAAUCAUUGCUGAUGGCAGACAUUCGGUGUCUUCCUGGAAUGGAAGGUGGUCCAGUUUUUGGUGAACAUGCACAGUUGGUUGGUAUCUUGAACAGGCCAUUAAGGCAAAAGAAUGGCGGUGCUGAAAUUCAGCUGGUGAUUCCGUGGGAAGCCAUUGCAACUGCUUGCAGUGACUUGCUGCAGAAGGAGCCUCAAAAUGCAGAAAAAGAGUUCCAUAUUAACAAGGGAAACUUAAAUGCUGUAGGGAACUCAUCAUUUUAUAGCCACCAUGACUCCAAUGGGUCAUACUAUAAGUAUGGGCAUUGUUCUUCUUGUUUCCCAUCUCCACUACCUGUUCAGAAGGCAAUGGCGUCUGUUUGUCUUAUUACAACUGACGAUGGUGUUUGGGCAUCUGGUGUUCUGCUCAAUGAUCAAGGCUUGAUACUGACAAAUGCUCACUUGUUAGAACCAUGGAGAUUUGGGAAAACAACUGUAAGUGGUGGGAAAUAUGGAAAUCAAUCUAUGGAAUUUAUCUUUGCAUCUGAAGAGCCUGCAGCAAUCACAGCAAAAUUGGUGGAUUCUUCUGUUGAUCAAAGUAGACCAUAUAAUUUGAGUUCGUUUUUCAAAGGCCAUAGAAACAUACGUGUCCGUCUGGACCAUGGGGAGCCUUGGAUUUGGUGUGAUGCUAAAGUAGUAUAUGUUUGUAAGGGGCCUUUGGAUGUUGCCUUAUUGCAGCUUGAAUAUGUUCCUGAUCAGCUUUGCCCUAUAGUUGCAGAUUUUGCUCACCUGUCUGUAGGAUCAACUACAUAUGUCAUUGGACAUGGAUUAUUUGGACCACGAUGUGGCCUUUCUGCUUCUGUUUGUUGUGGGGUGGUAGCAAAAGUUGUCAAAGUAAAGUCACCCCCUUACUGUCAAUCUAUUCUUCAAGGGGAUUCAGGGUGUCCAGUAAUGCUUGAAACAACUGCUGCUGUUCAUCCAGGUGGCAGUGGUGGUGCAGUUGUUAAUUUGGAUGGUCAUAUGAUCGGACUUGUUACAAGUAAUGCAAGGCAUAGUGGAGGGACAGUUAUACCACAUCUGAACUUCAGCAUUCCAUGUGCAGUGUUGACUCCUAUCUUUGAGUUUUCAAGAGAUAUGCAGGAUCUUUCGCUUCUGAAAAAACUCGACCAACCAAAUGAACACCUUGCUUCAGUCUGGGCACUGAUGCCACCGUUAUCUCCGAAGCCAGAUCCUGCUUUACCUCAUCUGCCGCAGUCACUAUUGGAAGCCAACAAAGACGGGAAAGGUUCACGUUUUGCCAAAUUCAUUGCUGAACGUCAAGAGGUUCUAAAAGGGUCACCUCACAUGGGCAAGGUAGAAAAAAAUGCUAGUGAGAUUUCCCGUAGUAAGUUAUGACUAACUGGCAUCAAUGUUGUACCUAAAAAGGAAUAUAUAAUCAGAAUCUGAUUUCAUAGUCCAAUGUAAUGGUGAGUUUCACUUUGCCUGAUACUGUUCCGAGAAUUUCAGUUUCUUUCUGGGAAUGGAUAUUUGUGGCUCUAUCAGUUUUGAGAUACAUGUGACAGGGAGGUUGUGUUCAAAACAAUAGUGUUUUGUUGUACUAUGUAUCACUGUGAGAGCAAUAUUUGUAUAAUAGAGCUUUAGAUGGAUAUGAAAUUCUUUCA